CGGGAGGCGGGGCCGCGGCGGCGCGGGCGGGCGCUUCUCCCAACUUUAGUUUUGGCGUCUGAGGCGAGUUUCUGUCUCAGUCGGGCGCAGCCGUCGCCAGGGAAAAGAAAGGGAGGAAGGAAGGAACAAGAAAAGGAAAUAAAAGAGAAAGGGGGAGGAGGGGUAAGGCAACCAGCCGUCCGGCCUCCGUCAAGGGAGUUGGAGGGAAAAAGUUCUCAGGCGCCGCAGGUCCGAGUCCCUCGCAGCCCCUCCCGAGGCGCAGUCGCCAGACCAGUGGAGCCGGGGCGCAGGGCGGGGGCGGAGGCGCCGGGGCGGGGGAUGCGGGGCCGCCGCGCAGCCCCCCGGCCCUGAGAGCGAGGAGAACGCCGCUCCCGCCGUCGAGCCCGCAGCCCUCGCCGUUUCUCCGCCUCGGCCCGUGGAGCCGGGGCGUCCGGGCGGAGCCCUCGCUCGCCUGGUCAGGGGGUGCGCGUCGGGGGAGGCAGAAGCCAUGGAUCCCGGGCAGCAGCCGCCGCCUCAAGCGGCUCCCCAGGGCCAAGGGCAGCCGCCUGCGCAGCCUCCUCAAGGGCAGGGCCCGGCGUCCGCACCCGGGCAGCCGGCACCCGCGGCAACCCAGGCGGCGCCACAGGCACCCCCCGCCGGGCAUCAGAUCGUGCACGUCCGCGGGGACUCAGAGACAGACCUGGAGGCGCUCUUCAACGCCGUCAUGAACCCCAAGACGGCCAACGUGCCCCAGACCGUGCCCAUGAGGCUCCGGAAGCUGCCCGACUCCUUCUUCAAGCCGCCCGAGCCCAAAUCCCACUCCCGACAGGCCAGUACUGAUGCAGGCACUGCAGGAGCCCUGACUCCACAGCAUGUUCGAGCUCAUUCCUCUCCAGCUUCUCUGCAGUUGGGAGCUGUUUCUCCUGGGACACUGACCCCCACUGGAGUAGUGUCUGGCCCAGCAGCUACACCCACAGCGCAGCAUCUUCGACAGUCUUCUUUUGAGAUACCUGAUGAUGUACCUCUGCCAGCAGGUUGGGAGAUGGCGAAGACAUCUUCUGGUCAAAGAUACUUCUUAAAUCACAUCGAUCAGACAACAACAUGGCAGGACCCCAGGAAGGCCAUGCUGUCUCAGAUGAACGUUACAGCCCCCACCAGUCCACCUGUGCAGCAGAAUAUGAUGAAUUCGGCCUCAGGUCCUCUUCCUGAUGGAUGGGAACAAGCCAUGACUCAGGAUGGAGAAAUUUACUAUAUAAACCAUAAGAACAAGACCACCUCUUGGCUAGACCCAAGGCUUGACCCUCGUUUUGGUAAAGCCAUGAACCAGAGAAUCAGUCAGAGUGCUCCAGUGAAACAGCCACCACCCCUGGCUCCCCAGAGCCCACAGGGAGGUGUCAUGGGUGGCAGCAGCUCCAACCAACAGCAACAGAUGCGACUGCAGCAACUACAGAUGGAGAAGGAGAGGCUGCGGCUGAAACAGCAAGAACUGCUUCGGCAGGUGAGGCCACAGGCAAUGCGGAAUAUCAAUCCCAGCACAGCAAAUUCUCCAAAAUGUCAGGAGUUAGCACUGCGUAGCCAGUUACCAACACUGGAGCAGGAUGGUGGGACUCAAAAUCCAGUGUCUUCUCCCGGGAUGUCUCAGGAAUUGAGAACAAUGACGACCAAUAGCUCAGAUCCUUUCCUGAACAGUGGCACCUAUCACUCUCGAGAUGAGAGUACCGACAGUGGACUAAGCAUGAGCAGCUACAGUGUCCCUCGUACCCCAGAUGACUUCCUGAACAGCGUUGAUGAGAUGGAUACAGGUGAUACUAUCAACCAAAGCACCCUGCCCUCACAGCAGAACCGUUUCCCAGACUACCUUGAAGCCAUUCCUGGGACAAAUGUGGACCUUGGAACACUGGAAGGAGAUGGAAUGAACAUAGAAGGAGAGGAGUUAAUGCCAAGUCUGCAGGAAGCUUUGAGUUCUGACAUCCUUAAUGACAUGGAGUCUGUUUUGGCUGCCACCAAGCUAGAUAAAGAAAGCUUUCUUACAUGGUUAUAGAGCCCUCAGGUAGACUGAAUUCUAAAUCUGUGAAGGAUCUAAGGAGACAUAUGCACCUGAAAUUUCCAUAAGCCAGUUGCAGUUUUCUGGCUAAUACAGAAAAAGAUGAACAAACGUCCAGCAAGAUACUUUAAUCCUCUAUUUUGCUCUUCCUUGUCCAUUGCUGCUGUUAAUAUAUUGCUGACCUUUUUCACAGUUGGCUCUAAAGAAUCAAAAAAAGAAAAAACUUUUUGUUUCUUUUGCUAUUAUAACUACUGUUCAUUUUGGGGGCUGGGGGAAGUGAGCCUGUUUGGAUAAUGGAUGCCAUUCCUUUUGCCCAGUUAAAUGUUCACCAGUCGUUUUAACUAAAUACUCAGAAGUCAGAUGCUUCAUGUCACAGCAUUUAGUUUGUUCAACAGUUGUUUCUUCAGCUGCCUUUGGCCAGUGGAAAAACACGAUUUACUGGUCUGACAAGCCAAAAAAUGUUAUGUCUGAUAUUAAGUACUAAUGCUGAUUUGAAGAGAUACCUGAAACCAAGGCUGAAGACUUUUACUUUCAGUAUUUUCUUUUCCUCCUAGUGCUAUCAUUAGUCACAUAGUGACCUUGAUUUUUAUUGUAGGAGCUUAUAAGGCAUGAGACGAUUUCCAUAGAAAUAUAUUAAUUAUUGCCACAUACUCUAGUAUAGGUUUUGGUGGAUAAUUUUGUGGGUGUGCAUUUUGUUUUGUUUUGUUGGGUUUUUUUUGGGGGGGGGGGAGUUUGGUGGUUUUGUUGGAACCUAGGCAAAUGACCAUAUUAGUGAAUCUGUUCAUAGUUGUAUCUUGGGAUGGUUAUUGUAGUUGUUUUGGUAAAAAUCUUCAUUUCCUGGUUUUUUACCACCUUAUUUAAAUCUUGAUUAUCUGCUCUUUCUUUUAUAUAUAUGCACACACACAAACAUAACAUUUAUAAUAGUGUGGUAGCAGAAUGUAUCCUUUUUUUUAGGUUUCCCUACUUUCCAGUUAAUUUUAAAGUGGUAGUGCUUUGUAUGCAUUUAGAAUACAUGACUAAUAGUUUAUAUUUCACUGGUAGUUUAAAUCUGGUUGCGGACACCAUUGUUUGAAGUAGUCUAGUGUUCUAGAAAGAGCUAUUACUAUGGAUAGUGCCUAGGGGAGUACUCCACACCCUGUGGGCAUACAAUAGAUAUUAUCUGAUGAAUUGGAAAGGGGCGAACCAGAAGUGGCUUUAUUUUUUCCCUUGGACUCCCUUGGACUAAUAACAGUUAGUCUUGGUUGGAAAUCACUGAGUAGGUUUAUAAUGUGCAUGACAGAAAUAAGCUUUAUAGUGGUUUACCGUCAUUUAGCUUUGGAAGUUUACCUUUGCCUUAGUUUUGGAAGUAAAUUCUAGUUUGUAGUUCUCAUUUGUAAUGAAUACAUUGAAGACUAGAUGAAAAUAUUGCCUUCAAGAUUGUUCUUAUAAGACUUGCUCCUACUUCUAUAUGCUGAAAAUUGACCCUGGAUAGAAUACUAUAAGGUCAUGAGUUUAGCUGGAAAAGUGAUCAGAUUAAUAAAUGUAUAUUGGUAGUUGAAUUUAGCAAAGAAAUAGAGAUAAUCAUGAUUAUGCCUUUAUUUUUACAGGAAGAGAUGAUGUAACUAGAGUAUGUGUCUACAGGAGUAAUGGUUUCCAAAGAGUGUUUUUUAAAGGAACAAAAUGAGCAUGAAUUCACUCUUCAAUAUAAGCUAUGAAGUAAUAGUUGUGAAUUAAAGUGGCACGAGCUAGCACCUCUAGGUUUAAGGGUCUUUUAAUGUUUCUAGAAUAAGCCCUUAUUUUCAAGGGUUUAUAACAGGUAUAAAGUCUCCUUCUCCUGGCAAAAGCUGCUAUGAAAAGCCUCAGCUUGGGAAGAUAGAUUAUUAUUCCCCCAUUUACAAAACCUAAGUAUUUUGGCCCAUCAGUUUGGAGGAGUGCAAAAGUUGGAAGUCAGAAGUUUUAUUUUAAAUACUUCCAGUGCUCAAAAAAAUGCAAUCACUGUGUUGUAUAUAAUAGUUCAUAGGUCAAUCACUCAUCAUAAUUGACUCUAAGGCUUUUAUUGAGAAAAUGGCAGAAAGAUUAAAUCUUGAAUUAAGUCUGGGGGGAAAUGGCCAAUGUGCAGAUGGAGUUUUAGAGUAAUAAUGAAAUUCUACCUAGAAUGCAAAAUUGGGUAUAUGAAUUAUAUAGCAUGUUGUUGGGAUUUUUUUUUUUUAAUGUGCAGAAGAUCAAAGCUACAUGGAAGGAGUGCCUAUAAUUUGCCAGUAACCACAAAUUAAGAUUAUAUCUUAUAUAUCAGCAGAGUAGCUUUAGCUUAGUGGGAGGGUGGGAAGGUUUGGGGUGGGGGUUGUGAAGAUUUAGGGGAACCUUGAUAGAGAACUUUAUAAACUUCUUUCUCUUUAAUAAAGACUUGUCUUAUAUCUUGCUGUCAUUAAAGGCAGCUGUUCCUAGAAUUUCAAUCACUUAAGUACACCCACAAAACAAGAAUAUGGAGAUCUUCAUUUCCCCUUGACUUUAAUUUGCCCAGUUAUACCUCAGUGUUGUAGCAGUACUGUGAUAUCUGGCGCAGUGCUUUGAUCUUACGAUGCCCUCUGUACUGACCUGAAGGAUACCUAGGAGUCCUUUCUCUCAGUUUGAAUCAUAGCCUUGAUGUGGUCUCUUGUUUUAUGUCCUUGUUCCUAAUGUAAAAGUGCUUAACUGCUUCUUGGUUGUAUUGGGUAGCAUUGGGAUAAGAUUUUUAACUGGGUAUUCUUGAAUUGCUUUUACAAUAAACCAAUUUUAUAAUCUUUAAAUUUAUCAGCUUCUUACAUUUGUGUUCUUUUCAGUCAGGGCUGCUUAGAUCUACAUAUGGUUGAUGGAGCACAUUGAUUUGGAGUUUCAGCUCUUCCAAAGCACUAUUUGUUGUAAUAACUAUUUUCUAAAUAUAGUGCCUUUAAAGGAAAAAUGAACACAGGGAAGUGACUUUGCUAAAAAUAACAUUGCUGUUUUAAGUAUUCCUAUUAAAUAGAUGCCUUCUAUCUGGAACAUGGCAGAAAGACUGAAAAAUAACAGUAAUAAAUUGUGUAAUUCAGAAUUCAUACCAAUCGGUGUUGAAACUCAAACAUUGCAAAAGUGGGUGGCAAUAUUCAGUGCUUAACAAUUUUAUAGCGUUGGUACAUCUGAGAAACGAGUGCUCAGGUGGAUUUUAUCCUUGCAAGCAUGUUUUUAUAAGAAUUGUGGGUGUGCCUAUCAUAAUAAUUGUUUUCUGUAUCUUGAAAAAGUAUUCUCCACAUUUUAAAUGUUUUAUAUUAGAGAAUUCUUUAAUGCACACUUGUCAAAUAUAUAUAUAUAUAUAGUACCAAUGUUACCUUUUUAUUUUUUGUUUUAGAUGUAAGAGCAUGCUCAUAUGUUAGGUACUUACAUAAAUUGUUACAUUAUUUUUUCUUAUGUAAUACCUUUUUGUUUGUUUAUGUGGUUCAAAUAUAUUCUUUCCUUAAACUCUU